CGCCGCUUUCAUUGAGGAAUCGCCCAUCCCGCAGCAACCAACGAUGUCAUUCCUCGACUUUGACGACAAGAGCUCCAAGUCAAGCUCAUUCCUCCUUUCGGAACUCGCUCCUCUACCGGAUAAGGAUUCAAAAUCCUCCACCGAUGCUGCUGACGCCCGGGAUGCCGCCGAUGAGGAGACUCUUCUUGCAGAAUUCAAAAAGAACCCAGAGUCCGCCAAGCGUCUUGUUGAGAGCUAUGUGAGCGCGGCCCAGGCCCCACGACAGACUAUGACUCGGAUCACACCCAUUGCAGGACUUGUCAUCCAAACAAAGACAGCGAAACAAUGCCAUAAUGUGCCUAUGGACAACCCCAAGUUGACGGCGUUUCCAAAGGACACGGAUGUAUUUAUCAAUAUCUGUUAUUCAGAUCAGAUGCCCAAGCCCACUGCUGCGAGCGAGGCAGAAAUUAAGAAGGCGAUCAUCGCAGAGAAAGGAGCAGUUUACCAGGUACCAUUUUCGAUAAGUCAACCUCGAGAGUAUAAGGACGCAGUGUCAAAAAGCUACCUUGUGGUUGAUGCCUGUAUACACGCGGAGCCGUUUCAGAGGAUCAGUACAGGAAAUCCGGAUUAUGCGCUGUACAUUUACGAGUUAGCGCUGGAAUGGGUCGAAGAAAAGUGUCGUCUCGAACUCAGCAGAGAUGUCAAGUUUCCGAGUAUGAGGUCAAAGGACGAGCUAAAGGCGCGACCAGUUAUCCUGCCUAAACCACCAGCGAUCCAGGAAGUCGAGACUGGGAACAAAUCAGCGGCAGCGGCAAAAGCAACGGAUACGGCAGCCAAGUCAAAGCAAACAAUGAUACAUGUCCCAGUGGCAGGCAAGGAUGAUUAUAUUCCCAAAAGUCGGCUCUUGCCAUGCCCUAAGGGCACUCUGGGAAUCAUUGUCGAAGUCGACCUCCCCAGCCAUAAAAAUAUGGACGGCGUUACGUUGGAUGUGGUCCUGCCGGAUAAACUAGUGCUGCACUCCAAGAGUCAAGGAAAGAGCGCGGAUAAUGGCAAGGAGUAUCAUCUAGAGGUGGAAUUGCCGAACGAACCUGUGGAUCUAGAUGCGAUCAAAGCCGAAUUCAACAAGGCCAAGAGGACGCUACGUGUUUACACCAUCAAACAGAAGCGGAAAUAAAAGAAAAAAAAGGCCCAGUGCUGUU